AUACAGACUGCUUCUACAAACAUAAAAGUAUGACUGUGCAAUAAGUUCAUCCAUGAAAUUUCCUUGCUACUAAAUAUUCCACUUUCAACUGAUAGUGGUAUUAUAACAAAGUUGAAACAACUGGGAACAACAGCAACUCAGCCACGAAGUGGUAGGCCACAAAAAAUGACAGAGCAGGGUCAGUGCAUGCUGCAGCGCACAGUGCGCAGAAGUUGCCAACUGUCUGCAGAGUCAAUAGCUAAAGACCUCCAAACUUCAUGUGGCCUUCAGACUAGCACAACAACAGUGUGUAGAGAGCUCCAUGGAAUGGGUUUCCAUGGCCGAGCAGCGCAUCCAAGCCUUACAUCACCAAAUGCAAUGCAAAGCGUCAGAAGCAGUGGUGUAAAGCACACCGCCACUGGACUCUAG